AUGGUUCCCCGCGGGAUAAUUGUCCUGUGCUUUAGUGUGGCUUUGGCGUCAGCUUCCGCAGACACCUUCGGAGCAGGCAAAAAGCUCCUAAGAAGGCUGUAUGAUGAUUGUCACAAAUCCCAGGACAUCCUCAAAUGUUUCAAGAUCCAAGCAGCAAAAAUAAUCGACAGAGCUGCUAGAAUGGAAAAACUUCCAAUUUUUGACGGAUUUUCCUUAGCCCGGACAGGAGAACAUGGAAGAGCAUUCCCAUCUUCGAUACCAGAAGUGGAUUUGAAUUCAUUGAGUUCAGACGAAGUCGAUAAACUUUUAAACAUUGCAACGUCCAAGCUGAUGCAAAACCAUAGAAUCAUAAUAUCACCUACUAGCGUCGGAGUGGAUGUUGGUAGAUCAUUAGACGAAGCAAGAGGCAAAUUGAAGAAAAUGAUAGGUCCAAUUAUGGCUGCCAUUGCACUUAAAGGAGGUUUCUUGGCAAUGGCUUUUCAGGCUAUUGCCCUGAUUGCUGGAAAAGCUUUAUUGAUUGGUAAAAUUGCUUUACUCUUAUCUGCGAUAAUUGGAUUGAAGAAAUUGGUAGCUGGAGGAGAAGCUCAUGAAAAGACAACAUAUGAGAUCGUCAAACAUCCUCAGGUUUCACAGAGUCAUACUUACUCAUCUUCCCACUACGGAAACGACUUUGACACGACUGGCCCAGGUGGUCAUUAUAGAAGAAGCGUCGAAGAAGAAGCCGCAGCCCAAGAUAGAGCAUACAGAGCUUACGCCAAACAGCAG